AUGGCAGCCACCGACAGCCAGAUCUGUUCCCGAUGCAACGGACAGGGCCACCGUGCGGCCCAAUGUCCAAAGAUGCCGUUCUACCGUACCUGCGAGUACUGCAAGGUGGUGGGGCAUUCAGCAAAGGCCUGCCCCAAACUGCAGCGCCGGGCUUUGGAGAAGGCCAGCCAGAAGAAGGCGGGCACGAAUCAGACCAGCGACACGUGGAGCGAGUCCGGAACAAGCACCACAGCUUCGGGUGAUUCUUGGACAUCGGGGGCUUGGCGCAAGCCCCGCAGUGUCAAAAGCAAAGCCAAGGGUGCCUCGGGCGAGUGGCAGCCAGAGCAUUGGGUGCUCAGCACUGAAGAGGAGCGGGAGGCCCGCAAGCUGGAGAAGAAGCUUCGGGAGAUUGUGGGUCGGAAGAGCGAGAUCGAGGGCCACGACAUCCUGCGCAAGGUGCGCUUAGGAUACCGGCGUGUGACCCUCCCGGUUGCGGAGUAG